UGCUGCUCAACACACAAGACUUUUAAGACUCGUCUACACCUCUUGGAGUGUGUAAAGUGACUGCUCCUGCUUUUACGCAUCACAACUUCACACAUCGAGGAUGAUGAUGGAUUCCUUCAUAUGCAAGACCCUGACUUUGAUCAUCAUCUGCGUGGCUCUGCAAGAAGGUUGUGGACUCCCCUUAUCAGACCGGGCAGAGCUGCCAGCUCAGGCUCCACGCUCACAACACAUCAGGACCAAACGCUGCUCCUGUAACAGCUGGGAUGAUAAAGAAUGCAUCUACUUCUGCCACCUGGAUAUUAUCUGGGUCAACACGCCAAGUAAACUCCUUCCUUAUGGUCUGGGAAGUCCCCCGUCUCGCCUUCGCCGUUCAGCCGACCGUUGCAAAUGCCUGAACCCAGCUGAUAAAACUUGCUCCGGCUUCUGUCGCGAAAGCUCUCAGAAUCCAAAGACUGAAAUUGUGGGCCCGUUGGGGAAAUCUGAGCACAGCAACAAACUGCUUGCAUCUUUCAGAUCUGUGGUUAAGUCCAACAUAGCUGGAGUCAACAGGCUCAAGAGCAGAACAAGGAGGUAGAGGACCGAAUGAAAACCAGAAGUGGUUCAAUCAGCCAUUUAUCUCAGCCUCAGCUGACCUUGAAUCCCAGCACCAGGGUUUUCAAACAGGUCAAGAGUCUUAUCAACUCUGGGGAUGCAGAGAUGGAAAGACGGAAGGCACAGAAAGCAUGGGAUCAAACGUUUGAUCAACAAAACAGAGCUUUGGCAAACUGACAUCUCCCCAAGAUAGAUGCCUCAUGGGUGAAGCAAUGUUGGGUGGAGACGUUCAGAGUCGUUUCUUGAACUUUUCUGAAUUUAAUAACAGUCUGCGUGCCAAGGAAGGAUCUUGCAAAGACAAGGACAUGGAAACAGACUUCAGGACUAAUGGGAAACCACAUAAAGAAAUGUUACAAUGACCAAUCAUGAGCAGUUAUUUUAUUUUAUUUUUUUUGUGGGAAAAUCUCUGGUUGACCUGUCCAUAAGGACAGUUUUAGAUCCACAACUGACCCACACUGUGGAUUAUAGGAUCAGUACAUAUUCCAGAGUCAUUUAAACUCUAUAUUUAGUUGGGAAUUAUUUGUCCAUGUUUACUCAAAUGUCUUUGAAAGAGAAAUUUUGUCACUUCUAACCUUUGGUUUGGUUUCUAAUUCCUCUGUAUCAGAGCUGGAAUCUGCUGUCCUGCCUAAUGUUUAUGGCAAAUUAGCAAACCAAUUUUUUUUUAUUUUUUAGUUAUAAAGCUUACUUGAAGAUGGCAGCUUGAACACUCUUUGGCACACACUGUCACGGUGAAAUGAAGGUCAUCUCUUUGGGAGUUAUCUAACAAACAAUUAGCAUUAUACAAGGUCCAUUGUCAGCUCCUCUACACACACAUAUACAGUACACUUUCUACCAGCAUAACAACUGCAGUUGGUCUAUUGUGUUUGCUGAAGUGUUUAUUGCAUAGCUCCGGUUUAAUGUUUUGAUUGAAGAUAAGCCAGAAGGUUUCAAUGAUGUAUGGCUUUGCCAAAAAAUGCAACAGUUGUUUUUCUCCCCUGACAAAUGUCCACUUACCCACUCUCUAUUAGCUACUGGGAAAUGUCUUACUUGUGUUAUUCAUUUCAAAAGGAAUUUAUCCGUGGCCCGCACUUUUUCUGUGCCAUGAAUCCAUUCACUCCACCUGCCCUGUUUGACUGCAGUCACCAGGAACCGACAGACACAUGGACAUAUAAGCCGUCAUUGUGACAAUAUUUAUCCUCAAUGCUGUUUAGGAUGGACAGCUUACUGGUCUAGACGUUUACUGUUGAAUGCUGAGUGAUUGAAUUUAUUUAUUCUCUAACUUAUUCAGAGAUGUAUUUAUAAUUGAAUGAUGCAGUACAUUGUGCAUGGGGAAAAUAAAAGUACUCUGUCAGAA